GCGACACGGAGCAUGCGCGGGGCGAGGGCUGGAGGAGGAGGAGGAGGAGCGAAGAAGAUUAUGGCGAAGGUGACGCCGCCUCGGAGCGGUUACUGGCGGCGGAGGCGGCUCGGGCUCCUGGUGCUGCUCCUGGGGCUGCUCCUGCUGUACAGGCUGAGGUACCACUGGGGUGCCUUGACGCCAGGACAGUUGUCCACCAGAGUCCUAGGUCUGCAGGCGGAGAAGGAAUACUUCCAGCUGGAGGGAUACAAAUUUGUCAUCCUCGGAGGCUCCCUGCACUAUUUCCGGGUCCCACGGGAAUACUGGGCUGACCGAAUGCUGAAGAUGAAAGCGUUAGGGUUAAACACAUUAACAACGUAUGUUCCGUGGAAUCUUCAUGAACUACAGAUCGGAGUGUAUAACUUCAAGAGUGAACUUGAUCUUGAAGACUACCUUACGCUCGCGAAAGAUCUCGAUUUGUGGGUAAUACUCCGCCCAGGGCCAUACAUCUGCUCAGAGUUGGAUCUUGGAGGUUUACCUAGUUGGUUGCUCCGUGACCCGAACAUGCGUCUCCGUACCACAUACUCUCGCUUUACUCAGGCUGUGGACAAGUACUUUGAUGUACUGAUGCCUAAAGUUAUUCCACACCAGUACAAGAACGGUGGCCCAAUCAUCGCAGUGCAGGUGGAGAACGAAUACGGUGGCUAUAACGAGGAUCCUAGUUACAUGCUGUAUGUAAAGGAGGCACUGUUGAGCAGAGGAAUAGUGGAAUUAUUGAUGACAUCAGAUAACACGCACGGGCUGCGCCAGGGAUCUGUAGCCGGAGCUUUGGUGACGGUCAACUUUCAGAAGGCAGAUUCAGGGCUCGCUCUGCUAAGCGAGCUGCCGGCUGACAAGCCCAAGAUGGUGAUGGAGUACUGGACGGGUUGGUUCGAUCAUUGGGGUGACCAUCACCAUGUCUUCAGUGAAGGAUUAAUAGAUAUCAUCACAGCGCUCCUGCUUAAAGACGUCUCUCUCAAUCUCUAUAUGUUCCACGGGGGCACUAACUUUGGGUUUAUAAACGGAGCUCAAGAUUUCGAAACCUAUAUUGCUGACGUGACUAGCUAUGACUAUGAUGCACCUUUGUCAGAAGCGGGAGACUACACCGAAAAGUACUUCAAUCUUCGACAGAUCUUCACCACGUAUCUCGGUCAAACCUUGCCUAAGGUUCCCGUUGUCACGUUCAAAAUGGCCUAUGGCACCGUACACCUGAAGGAGUACAUCUCACUGUGGGACGCACUCAAGUUCUUACAGAUGCCAAUUACCAGUGAUACGCCCAUCAACAUGGAGAACCUGCCCAUUAACUCAGGCUCUGGCCAGGCCUUCGGCUACACCUUGUACAGCACAGUCAUAACCAGCGGAGGAACCCUGGCAUCUGAAAACCAUGUCCGGGACAGAGCGCAGGUGUUUGUUGACGGCAAAUCUGUGGGAUUCCUGGACUAUGACAACUUGGAGCUUAACAUCCCUGAGGCUGAGGGGAAACGCAAGCUGAGCUUGCUGGUGGAGAAUCGCGGCCGAGUGAACUACGGCCUGAAACUCGAUCAGCAGCGAAAAGGUAUAACGGGAGACAUCUUUCUGAAUGACAAGCCUCUGAGGGGCUUCACCAUCCACCCCUUGGAGAUGAAAACCAAUUUCAUCGAAAGGCUCUCUGCUGUUGACUGGGCUGUAACCCCUCAAACUCCCACAGUGCCUGGAUUUUUCUGUGGGCUUCUGAGAGUGGAUUCAUUGCCGUAUGAUACAUUUAUAAAAUUCCCGGGCUGGGGGAAAGGCGUGGUCUUUGUGAACGGACUCAAUCUCGGCCGGUAUUGGACGGUGGGACCCCAGCAGACGCUGUACCUGCCAGCACCCUGGCUACAUCAUGGCACUAAUGAGAUUGUAAUUUUUGAGGAGAGCAAAGCAGGAACCAUCGCAGAGUUUUCUGAUACCCCAGAUUUGGGUGGUGUUUGACCAUCAGGAUGGACUUUUCCUGGAUUGAACCGUCAACCUUUUAACUAAUGAAGAUUUCGAUGUAAGAAACCUCGGAUGUACAGUCAAUCAUAUGUUGGAAAUUGAUCUUCAGUUGUAAAGUUUCUGGAAAUAUUGCUGGUUGCAUUCUCUUUUGUAAAAAUUCUCUAUUACACUAGUUGAAGGUUUUGUGUAAAUUUAUAACGGUAGUGCUUUAAUUUGAUAGAGAGCCAUUGAUACAUCUCAAAGUGCUUCAGAGUUUUCUUUGUAAAACAGUGUUAAAGUACAGUAAAAGUAUGUCGGCAAAUGUAGCAGCCAACUUGCCGCAGCAGUGUCUCACAAACGGCCACAAAGUGAAUAAUUAAUUUCAUAUAGUUAACGUGUUUAAGCAGGUUACAGGGGAGGUUGUAGAUCACUGAGUGAGAUCGGGACGAGCUAGGGGGGGGGACAACAGUAGUUCACCAAACGCACGAUCAACAGGCUUUCAAGAAGGGAUUUGAAAUUAAAUUAAGAAAAAUUAAAACUGUGAAGAGAGGAUGUAAAGGGAAGGAAUUUUAGGAGGGCGUCCCAGAGAGCAGGGGUGACAGCUUGGCUGGUGAUCAGAUGGAGGGGGCGAGGGACAUGAAGCAGACACUUGAUUGAGUGGAGGGAGCUGUCGGGGAGUGGGACUGACUGAAAUGACAGGAGUCAGUGGAGCAGGGCUUUGGUCAAUGCAAGGGACCUGGGAGUCGACUCUGUUCUGUGAGCACACAAUGUGGGUUCCCUCACUCAGUCUGACCCCAGGAACCUUUCUGCUGAUCUUACACAGCUAAGCCCCUUACCCAAAAGAGCAUUGCCAGCAUUAGAGGUUUACCUUGUGUGGUGCGGAGGAUGUUACAGGUGGACAAGAGCGCAGUGGCCCUGUCAUGCUCGUCCCCAUGAGGUGGGGAAUGACGGAGCAUCAGUCCAAGCUGCUGUGACGCACGUACUAGUGGCUGGAGCUCUUUGUCUCCUCGGUAGAUUCCCUCACCAAGUGAGCAGUGAGCAUAAAGUAAAUUUUACACCUUUAUGCUCAGGUCUACAUUGAGCCACUGUGCCUGCGAGUGAGUGAGCGAGCGAGCGAGUAAGCGAGCUGCAUGUGGAAGCAAUGCAAGUAUGUAUGUGAGGUAUCACGUGUGUGUGUGUGAGAGAGGGUGCCUGUGUGUGUAUGUGUGAGAGGUUCCCUGUGUGUGUGUAUGCAGGGUACCAGUGUGCAUGUGUGAGGGGGUGCCUGUGUGUGUGUGUGCGUGUAUGUGAGAGCGUGUGUGUAUGUGUGAGAGGGUGCCAGUAUGAGUAUGUGUGAGAGGGUGCCAGUGUGCGCACAGCCACUACAGAGCCACAUGGCUUUGUCAGUCUUUUAUUUUUGGAUUUUUAAUUUACUAAAACAUCAGAGAUUGUUGAGCACUGAACAGAACAUUAACAUGCAGAAAGGUUGCAGGCGCGAAAGACAAAGAAAAAGGAAAUCUAUUCCUAGUCGUGUAGUGUGAGAAACAAAUCAUUAAGAGCGUUUUUUUUUAUCAGCAAUUUCUCUUUAUCCGGUCGAGACUUAUAAUGACAUUGAAACGGACUAAAAGAACUUCUUAAUUGUGACCAAUUCUCUCCGCAUCGAGCACAAACUGCAGGGGCUGCCCGUGGCGUUACGACCAGAAGCCUCCGAUUGCUGCUGAGCUGUCUGUCUCUCGAGCUUCAUUCGUUCAUAUUCCCUUUGUGUUUGCUGGAUGCAGAUUUCUGUCUAAGCUCAAUACAUUCCAUCCCCAUUGCCCCAUCUACUGGUGCGGCCGAGAACCUCACAGACUCCCAGCACUGUUUCUACUCAGAUGAAAAGGCAAACCAGCCGAAAGGCUUGAUAUUUGAGAGACUUGCAAUGAUAGACCCCCAACUGCUUAAUUCACUACGUGUUAUUUCGCCGCCUCUGAUAAAUGUAGUGGAUUUUAUUUCAGCCCCAACGAUGGCACGGAAUGUAAUUUUACAUUAAAUUGUUUUAAGUGUUAUUUAAUAA